UCAGUCCAAUAAUACCCCGGUAUUGCACGAACAGUGAAGCUGAAAGUCUAGUCAGUAUGUGAUGUGAUUUUGGGAGUGUAAAAGUUUAGCAGAAGGGAAGAGUAAAAUCUCAGAAUGAAGAGCAAUUUCGAAUGUCCUUUAAAACCAAUAUGGCUCCGGUCAUCAUUGGCCAGAGUAAACAAAUUGACUCUUAAAUGAUAUAUUCUCGUGAUAUUUGAUGCUGCGUUAAAAUAUCACAAUUUAGCACCCCCAAAAAAAUGGUUUUAAUGAAGAAAAGUUGAUAGAUUUUGUGAAAGAAAGGUAAAGACACCUAAGCAUGUUUUUCGAGCUGUCCUUGCUAUUUUCAUCUAUUUUGACUCUGUGCUGCUGUCAAUAUGUUCACACUCCCACACAGAUUAAGUCAUUCUUUGAGCGAGAGGAAAUAAUCCCAGAUGUGCUUAUCUACAGUCCUGAAAAAGAGCUGAAGGUGAAAUACGGGGAUGAAAAAUGUAAUUUUGGGACGGCUUACUCGGCAUCAGAGGUCAAAGAGCCACCAAAAGUCAGAUGGGAGCAUGAACCUGGUGCCUAUUACACAUUAAUAAUGAUAGAUCCGGACGUUCCGAAUAAGAAGAAUCCGAUAUUGAGAGAGUAUCAGCAUUGGCUUGUUGUGAAUAUUCCUGAAAGUAGGACGAUGGAAGGUCAAACGUUAACAGAGUACUUGGGUGUUAUUCCGGAGCAAACCAAAAGUAUUCAUCGAUACGUAUUAUUUGUAUACAAGCAACCUGGAAAGAAACCAAUAAAUUUUGACUUGAUGUACAAAGACAAAACGCCAAAUAAUUCAACACGGGGCAAGUUUCACACACAGAAUUUUGCAGAGGCAUACAAGCUUGGGAAUGUUACUUUUGGAAAUUUCUUUCUAUCAGGAAUGGUGCUUGAUCCACGCUACGAUGAUAACAUGGAUGAAGAGUACAGGAAAAUCGGCGCAAAAAUUGACUUGACAAAACCCUCCGAUGAUGAUGACUUUUAGACGAAAGUGUAAUGCAUUUAUCGUUGCCAUGAGUUUUCGACAAAUAAAUGUAAAUGAGGCAAACCAAGACUUUAGGGUUUCAAUGCUUUACCUUUAAUUCUUGCUUACAUGCUAUGCAGUCAAUUUUGUGAAAGACAAAAGCCGGAAUAAAGUAUAUCUGGGAGUAAAUUAUUUACACACGUU